CAAAUGAUUAUGAGAAUUAUCAAAUUGAAUCUGAAUCUGAUAAUAUAAAUUUUGAUUAUAUUACUACAAUAUUUGGCGAAGAAGAAAUUAUUGUAGAUUAUGAUUAUAUUAAUAAGAUUAAAAUUACUAAAGAUACUAAAGAAAUAAAUAUAAAAAAUCUAUUAAAACUAAGAGACUA